ACAUCACCUCUAUUCAUUGAGGUAAAUUGGGUUCAAUUAUUUCAGUAACAAUUCAUUAGUCAAAUGACCAACAUGGGUUCUGAUAUAAAACAAAUGUAUGUGGAUCUUAAUGAACUUUUGGAAGAUAUUUGUCAAUUUUUGUCUGAAGAUAAAUUAAAAAAAUUGUCACCAAAAGAUCAGAACCUUGCAGAAUCGCUCAUCAAUAGAUCGAAAAUACAACUACAAGAGAUAGCUAAGAUUCAAUCAAAUGAAGAGUACAUGGUCAUGGACAAGAAAGUAAUCAAAAUGGACGAAGACAAGAUUACUAACUCUGUAGAUGACGAUUUCAACAGAAACAAUGCAGCAGUAAUGGUUAUGGAAGAAAUGAAAUAUGCAUAUGUUGAUCUGCCAGCUAAAGAAGCUUCGAAAGAAAUCAAAUACGGAUUCAUUUUCAUGAAGAGAAAAUUUCUAUUGGGAUUUGAGAAAAUGAAGCGAGUAUAUGCUAGUAUGCACAACGGAUGGCUCUUAAUAUAUUUCACUGAGAGGGAUACAAAACCAAUAUGUAAUUUCAAUUUGAGAAAUUAUGAAGCAAAAGAAUGCGAUGGCGAUAAAACGGACUUCCAGUUAAUAAGCACAAUGCAAGGGAAAGAAACACAUCACUUCCUUGCACAGACUCCUAAAGAUGUGAGGCAGUGGGUGACGCAAAUAAAUAAAUGUCAUGAUCACGCCAUAAUGAAAUUCAAAAUGAAGGCGUUUGAGAAACAGUAUUUGGCUUCAGAAUAUAACAUACAAUAUGAUGGAGUUAGCGACGACGAGGCAGACAGCAUAUACGAAGAACUGAAAACGGAUCCAAAAUCUGAAAAGUCUAAUAAAACCCUAAUAGUUAGUACUGAUAUAUUCGCAAUGAAACCCCCUUUGCCUGGAAGAUCAUCUACGAAUGACAAAUCAAAUAAGAAAACUAUAAAGGUUAUUCAUUCUCAACCUGUGGUAAAAACCUUACCGGUUCAUGACUCUUCUGACGAAGAUCUGGGCUCAUAUCAUGAAAUUGAAAUGGAAAAGGAUGUAAAAGAUCAGUAUUUGAGUAAUACGACGAGAGGUUUCGGAGAUUCCGAAGCCGAUUCCUUUUCUGACGACAAUGAAGAUUCCAUUUACGAGCAAUUUUCAACUAUUCAGGAAAAAGUUCGCGGCUUAGCAGUACGCUCCGUAAAUGAAAUAUCAUCAGAACCUAAUAAUGGACAAUUAUCAUUUGGGAUUUUCCCUGUACUCAGUAGCGGACCAAACAAUACGAAGAUCUCUACCUCAGAUUUAAACCCACGGUCACAAACAUCAUCACCAACAUCGAGCAGUCACGCUUUAAGAGAAAGACCUAUCGAUGGGUCGAACCGCAUUAUUACAGAGGUGGACAUAAUUUUCGAGGGAUCGCCGAAAAGUAUGGUAAAUUCACUUUCUGAGGAUAGUCAAGGAUAUACUCAUCAUCAAUGCACUGUCCAAAAAACGGAGGGUCAUGCGAAAGGUAUAGGUAAUGAAGGAAUACCGGCAUUACUUACCAAACCGAAAUUGAAAAACAAACCGUCGAUUAGCCUGAAGCCAUCAAUUUUACCAACAUCUGUUACAGCUAGGAAGCAUUGAUCCAUCCACCUUAUUAUUAUUAUUAUCGAACGAUUAUAUAAAAAUUCAUCAUUGAAUUUCAAUCCAUCGUUUAUUACUGAGGCUACUGAUAUUCAAGAUAAGAAUGUUCGUCAUACACAUAAUUAUAAUGCAGCCACAUACUCAGAAAAAUAAGAACCAUUUACUGAAUCUACAUCACUAUAUAUAGAUAUACAUCAGGGUGGGGCCAUUAAUGAAAACUUAUUCCACCCCUGAAAUUUAGUUCUUCCUCGAAUCGAUGUUCGAGCGUUUUCUUCAAAUUUCCAUUUCAAAUCAAAAAAAUUGAGAUGGAAAGUUUUCAUUGUUUCCUAUUUUAUCAAUGUCUAAAAUGACAAACUGUGAAAGGCUAAAUACACAACUAUUUCGGCAACAGUGCCAUCAUUCAGGAGAGUUUUCUAAAUAUGAAAAUAAGGAUAACUAUAAAUUUUGCAGUUUACCAUUAACAUUAAAAUAUUAUG